UUUUCGUUCCAUGCCCCUUUUCUUUCGUUCUAUCCUUCCCUUCUUUGUUUCCCUUUCUAAACCCACCUCACAACUGUGUCCCUCCACAAUUUCUUCAAUUAUAUUAGCUUUCCUAGAAAGAAUUGCCAGUUGAUUGAUUGAUUGCAGUUUUUCCUCAGGUGGGUUCUCGAGGUUUAUCAAUUUCUUGGAGGUUUUUAUUCUAAUCUGUUGAAGUUGGGUGCUUUGAUCAGUGUUCCACGAUACUCUCGUUAGGAAAUGAUUCCGAUCUUAGUUGAUUGGUUAAUUGAAGUGGUGGAAGUCAAUAAGGAAAAUAGGAGAAGAAGGUGAUUCGUGGGAGUAGUUCUUGUUAAAGCUGAAAGGUAUCUUCAGAGGAAGACUGCCAUUCAAGCUGCUGAGGAGUUUGUCGUUAGCCAAAAUAGACCGAAGUCAGCCAGUAUAACACGGCUAAUUCAAGGUUAUGAGACGCAUUCAUUUAAGUCCAACUUUGAUUCUUGGCCAUCAGGAUCAGCACCUGUUGCCGAGGAGGGAAGAGGAAAAGUAGCAGUUAAAAUGAAGCAUAUUCUGAAGAUUCUGGCAUUGCUAGUGGGUAUUUCUGCCUUUUGGAUUGGCCUUUUACAAGCGUCAGUAAUUCCAGAGAGCUAUACGUGGUUGUUGCCGCUCUAUUUCAUUGUCUCUCUAGGAUGCUAUGGAGUCUUAAUGGUUGGAGUUGGCCUGAUGCAAUUUCCAACUUGUCCUCAAGAGGCACUUCUCUUACAUCAGGAUAUCCUUGAAGCCAGGGACUUCCUGAAGAACAAAGGGGUAGAUGUUGGUUCCAAUUGAUUAUCAUGCUGGAGUUUUAAUGUCAGAUAAUUAUGAGAAGUUUUAACUCAAAGGAGUAAGCAGAGGCAUAUCAAUUGAAGAAAGGAGCAGAGAUUUUCGAGUUUCGCUGAAUCAAGAUCUAAUAUUUGACUUGUCCUAAAUGCAUAGGUCUAUGAUAGAUCUUGGCAGCGCAUUAUUUGGUUGAGCAUUUUGUAUGAUCCGCCUGAUCAUUUUCAGAUGCCCAUAUGGAUCAUUUGGCUCCCCUGCCUCUUACUUGAAGCUUUUCUUGCUACUUCUCUAUGUUAGACUUUUUUUUUUUUUUUUUUUUAAAGUAACAAUGAUUUUUGCUCUGUAUUGUAUGCUAAUUUCAGUUGAUCAUGAACUAUCCUUCUCAUAAAAUGCUUACUCCUUGCCGAUGUUUUGUUUGGCAGAGUACUGUGUAUUAUGAAUGCCAAUAACAGAAACAAUUGA